CCCACUCGGUGCGUUCAAAUUUUCUGCAUUCGGUCGACGCAAAGAGUUUUCGGCGGUCGCAUUCGCGAGUGAGGCUCCCGGCGCGCGGCAGUUCGAAGCGCGGUACUGCGCACAAGGGCGAUCGGCGCGAGAGCGCGUUGCAAUAUGCGGAAGUGGGCAUGAACGUCGCCCGAAGCGAGGUGCUAGUGUUACGCCAGUGAAACACCCAGUGAACGCACAUUCAGUGAUACGAACUAUGAUAUUUGUGUGAGGCUCACGGGAGCGUCGGUGAUCUAUUAAUUCGAGGACUGGAAUUUUACUUUGAUGGAGUCGAGGGCAGGAAUUCGAGGCGGCCCGGGCAUGGACUCGCAGCAACAGCAGUACUGUCUGAAAUGGAACAGCUUCGGGUCGAACCUGGCAACGUCGUUCGCGAACCUCUGGAACUCGGAGAGUCUCGCCGACGUCACGCUGUACUGCGAAGGUCGUCAAUUCAAAGCACACAAGGUGAUCCUGGCGGCGUGCAGUAAGCACUUCCAGGAGCUGUUCGACACCGCCCCCCCGAGCCACGCCGGAGCCUGCUAUGUGUUCCUCGAGGCGACGACGGCCGACAACAUGCAGGCCCUGCUGGAGUUCAUGUACAAAGGCGAGGUGCACGUCAGCCAGGACGCCCUCUCCAGCUUCCUCAAGAGCGGGGAAAAUUUACAGGUCAAAGGGCUAUCGAUGGAGAUGUCCCAGGACGCGUGGGUGAAGCAACAGACCCAGCAGUCGUCGGAGCGCCACCAGAACCGUGUGAAGACGAGCCCAGUGUCGGGAGCCAACUGCGAGGUGCAGGAGGCACCGCCGCAGACCCACACCACGUUCGCCCCCAUCAUGCCGUCCUACGGCAUGCCGCUGCACAGUAGCGGCGGCAUGGGACGGUACGCCCCACCGGCUCACCUCCCGCUCCACUCCACGUCACAUCGCCGACCGGCGCCGCCGAAACCCUCGCCAUCACAGAGCCCACACGCACGGAAUUACAGGCAAAGUUCAUCUUCAUCGCACUGCGGCAGCGUGGCCGACGAGCCGGACACACGGUCGUCGCCGGGCGCGAGUGCCCGCUACGAGGAGACCCAACCCGACUGCACCUCGACCCUGGCCAACCCCAUCAAGAACAACGGAUACGAACGGUCAUCUAACAUCAAAGAAGAAAUGAUGGAACGACUGUCUAACGAUCAAGGGGCUGAAGAUCUCCGGAUAAAAAGUGAGGGAGAGUUUCACGGGCCGACGUUCAACAACUCUCCGCCGCCCGCCGUGCCGAUCCCGACCAGCAACUACCACGAGAAACCGCACGAGACCUCGCCAGUACCGCCCAAACCUAGUCCCGACAUUUGGCCAGCGAAACUCAUCACCAGCAAGUCUGGUGGGAUUGCCACAGCUGACGGAAAGAAAUUAAAGUGCCCAUACUGCGAACGACUGUAUGGCUACGAGACCAACCUGCGCGCGCACAUCCGGCAGCGGCAUCAGGGUAUCCGCGUGCCGUGCCCGCACUGCUCGCGCACCUUCACGCGCAACAACACCGUGCGCCGCCACAUCGCGCGCGAGCACCGCCACCAGGUCACGCCGCACCUCCCGCAAGGCCCCCUCCCCAACCACACGCAGUAAUUCUUCUCCUAAUUUAAUUCUCUAACCGAUCUACCUCCGUUUUUUCCGACCGCCGGGCGGCUCGAGGGUCGUCCGACCUCCCGGCGCGUCAGUUCCUCGUAACUAACGUACAAUAUUGUUACCUCAUUGAUGCAUAUUAUGUAAACAGUAAUCUACCUCAAAAUUGAUCUUAAGAUUUUUUAAGAUUUUGAAGUUGUGCGAUUUUAUUGUUACUUAAUUAGUUCACGUGUGACUUUGAAUGUUGCUCAGUGCUCGUCUCUGUUCUCUGGUAUUCUUUUAGUACCUCUAUACGCGUAAACGUACCUUUACUCGACUGUGAGAUAGAGUUACCUUUUAUACGUUUUAUUUGAACUCUCGGUCGAUAAAUAUAGCCUAUUUUAUGCAUCCGACCUGUCACCUGGGGAAUAUAGAGGCGUCGCGAGGCCGAAGGUCGCUGGCUGGACGUGUAAAUAAUAGGAGAAUAUUCUAUAUUGCCGUGACCUCGGUCGACGCGCCAUUCGAAAGUUCACUGUGACAAAUAAAUGCUAUUUAAUAUUUACUUUUACUGAUUAUUAUAUUCAUAUACAAUAGACUGGAUUGAUAUAUUAUUUAUAGGCAUCUGUGAUACAAUAGAACAGGCUCUACAUUAUUUUCGUUUGACUUUGUGCAUGUUACGGUUGCUUAGGUGUAACAUUUUUUUGUACAGUGAAUUCGAACAGGUUAUGUUUGUAUAGAGUUCGAUUUGCCCUAGACGCAUAAGUAGUUAGGUAAAGAGUGUUAAAAUUUUUGCAAGUAAGUUUGGAAGCAUGAAUGUGUGUUACAGUUCUACCGUUCGUUCCAGGCUCGCCUGUACGGGUGUUACUAUUGAGACCAAAUUAUUAUAUGUUUUUAUGCGAUGGUGUCGAUUUUAACAUUCCGUUUUACACUUUUUGUUUUCAUUGUAGCGCAUUUAGAUAAAGGUCACUUUAGUUCUUUUAACUAGUCAUUUCGAGUGCAACCAGUUGAGAUUUAAAGAUUAUUUAAUUAUUGUGAGGGCAGCGGGCGACGUAAGUGUAUUAUAUUCCUGUGGACGUCGUCCGCUCGUUCGUUACACUUAGAUUCCGAGCUAUAUACGUUAAACGUGUUUCACAUUGAAUGGGACAGUGCCAAAUAUCCUCAUUUUAAGUUCACAUUAUUUAUUUAUUCUUUGUGAAUAAUUAUGAAUGUAGCAACUGUGUGUGACUCCUGAUAUUUAGGAGUCGGUUGCAUUCAUAUUUAUUGUUAUAUUUAUAUUUAGGUUACACUGAUCUUUAUUUUUAAUAAUUAUAUCGAAUGCUCUAUGAAGGCUCAUUCGUUUUUUAAUUCUUGUGUAGAUUCCGUAUUUCCGUAUUCUAUAAUAAUUUUUUAUUUUCUCUUGCUUGCAUUUACGACAUUCUAUACCUCACAGAAUAUUAUGUAUUUGUUUUGUUACUAUCUUACACUAAUUUUUAGAUUACUGUUAUUGGUUUAAUUUGUUUACGGCGGUUGAGAAAUGUUAACUUUAACACUGAGAAUACGAUUGCACAUUGUUUCAUGAUAGCUGUUAUAACAGGGUUGGAAUACUAGGUAGUUGGAAGGAAUGGCUUUAGAGAUUGGGCUCUUGCGUUCGUGGAACAAAAAUAACAAGAGGUCAGUUUGUUUGCGGGUCAAUUUAUACUAGCGCAGAGUUGAGGCGCAAAGGAAAACCAUUUUUUUGUUGCAAUACUAUUCGGUUUAUGGUUAUACCGAUAUAAGAUGUGCGAAAAGAUGUGGCAGAAAGAUCGAAAUCAUCUUUGAUAGAGUAAUAAUUGUCAACGAGAAUUAUUUUUCUCUUGCAAUUAAUUGAAACGUGGAAUCUGGAACUACGACGGUGGCUUGAAAGGUAUUCGAGGAAUGGCACUCGAUUCGUUACAUGAAAUCAAUGGGUAAUUGCGUUAUGACUUUGAAUAUUCUUUGUUAUAUUUUGUU